AAGAAGACACUCUAUCCGUGAGAUUGUCACGAGAGGGGGUCGGGAAGGGAAAACAGAGCCAGAGAAGAGAAACGAUUGGAAGAGUAGAAUUGGAAUUGCUCCUAAUAUCUUUUGCCAAAAAUGGAAAUGAGACUGUUCAGCCCAAAAAGGAAAUAUGUGACUCAUUUUGGGGCGGAGAGAGUAUUGGAUUUUAGUGAGGAGAUGAACGAUUUAGUGCCAAGAACUCGAGCUUUGGUGUCCGGGAAGAACUCAAAACCGCAAAGCUCUGUCACGCCCCCAUCACUGCUUACUCAAACCGGCAAAAGGAUAUGUAUUCCAUAUGUGGUAGGCAUGAGUCUGAAAGCAAUAAAAAAAUCACUGAGAUGUUAUUCAUCAUUUAGAAGUUCAGGGAACAAAUCAUUCGUAUGGUGGUUUUGUGCAAAGCUGCUCAAAGCUUGAAAAGCAAUAUGCAGUGGGCAGCGACUCCGAUGGCCCAAGGCAGCGACCCUUGGCCGCCUGCCGCUCUGCCCCUUCUCGGUGGUCAUUCAUCUGUGGACCUGCGGGCUGCGGACUGCGGUUCUGUCCCUUC